AUGGGCGACCUCCAGCCUCCGUAUCUGACCAUCCGGUCAUUCAACAGCGGCAAUGGAAGCAGGAUGAACGGCGGUGGCGACGGAAACAGUCUGAGCAGCGCAGACUCUGCGUAUGCCUCGGCGAGCGGGGACUACACGGUCCCCUCCACGACACAUGAUAUCAGUCGUGCAAAUUAUCAUGUCAAGCAUCUUGAUAUGUUUGCCAAGUCCCUCGAGGAUUCGGCCAGUCGUGCCUUUCCUAAUCGUGGCCGGUCACAACAACGGUACACUAAAGUCAAGGCUCUGCUUCUCCACUGGAAGUCAGACGAUCUGUUUGUUCUGCCAGAACUCGAAGAUCUAGAGAAAUGCAUGCGGGAAGAUUAUGGCUACGAGACCGAUACCUUCCCCAUUCCCUCGGAGAAUGCCCAUCUCGAGCUGAUGUUGCGGUUGGGCGCCAUGAUCAAGGACCACGAAUCGCCCGAUACGCUUUUCGUCGUUUACUACGGUGGACAUGCACGCAUUGACGAGUCCAGGCAGAGUACCUGGUGUGCAUGGUCUGCUAUUCAAACGCUCCUGGAGCGCUCCAUGUCGGACACGUUGAUUCUCUUGGACUGCUGUGCCGGUGCGGCCAGCGCCACUUUCCCCAAUGGAAAGAGCAUCACCGAAACCAUAUCUGCGUCCAGCUGGGAUGCCAUUGCCCCAGAUCCAGGCCGGUAUUCUUUUACCAAUGCCCUCAUCGAGGUGCUACAGGAGUGGCGCAUACGCACCUUCUCUGCCGCCAUGCUGCAUGCCGAGGUUCUCGCAAGGUUAAAACACCCUCGACCCAUCACCAUCAACGGGAAGUUGUUUGAGGCGCGCUCUACCCCGGUACAUUUCAUGAUGACUUCGAACCACCGAGCGCCCAGCAUUGAGAUCGGCCGCAUGAUUCCCAGACGCCAGCAGCUGCCCUCUCCGCCGAUGGACGACGCAAACUUGCUACCACCACCCGGAGGACGUGGAGCCUUGGGUGCCCCAGUGAAUGAUCCAAACGAAGACACGCCACAUGUCAUGAUUUCGCUGGCUCUAGAGGACGAUCAAGAUCUGGAUCUCAACGCCUGGGAGCAGUGGCUUGGCAGCUUUCCGGCUCUCGCCAAGUAUGUCAAAGUCCAGGGAAUUUUCAAGAGCCACUCAACGCUUCUUCUGUUGUCUGUACCUGUGAUGGUUUGGGACCUGCUUCCCGAAAACCGCGCCUGCUCUUUCGUGGCCUUUAUCCGGUCCAACAAUCUUCUAAAGGAAAAAGAAAGUGCUGCUCCGGCGACGGUCUCCAAUGUACAGAAGGUCGGUGACGAUGGUGCCGCAGCUGAGUUCAAUGACGAUGUGGUGAGUGAGGACGAAAGCGAAGCCGAAGACGUGGACAAGGACACCGUUUCUGUCAUUUCUGGAACCACCUUUACACCAACCGAGGGCCAAGUACCAAGCAUCCGCAUGAGCAUUGCCAGCACAACGGUGGCGGGCCUGGAAGAUGCUAUAUCUCGCAGGCCGUCAAGGGUGACGCCGACGCCGCCGAUGAUCUCGACACAGAACUCCUACCGCAGAUUUACGGCCACUGAUCCACGGUCGACUGUGGAAGCCGAAUAUUCUAGCUCCCCAUCACGCCAGAGCUUCUUGGGGUUCAGUCAAAACCGCACCACCAAAUCAUCCCUUGCCAGGCAGAGCGAUACGUUCCAGCAUCACGAUUCUAGCAAUUCGCUGUCAAAGACGAUGGUAGUCAAUCCGCAAAAAGCAGCACGCCGGACGACAUUCGACACUUCCGAAGACUUGCCUGACAGCCCGAUUCUAGCAUCGCAUGUGGCCGACCGGUUAGAGGAGUAUUUCCAGCGCGAGCCGAAUCCCAGUGUUGGCAUCACCGAGUUUUUUGCCUCAAAUCUUGGCGUCGAAACAAGAGACAUAGAUCUUUGGUUCCAUCGCAGGCGACAGCAAGAGUCGACCAGACUCAAUCUCCAAAAUCUUAGGAUGGACAGCAACCUGGCGUUGGAGAACAGCGGUGGCAGUGGGGCCAAGACGAUAUUCCCAGGGCACCUGAAUAGACUGCUCGAUAUAUUUCCGCCCAGCCAGUUGCUCUUCGUCGACCUACGAUCUCCCACCGACUUUGACAAAUCGCACAUUUAUGGGGCUGUCAACCUGAGGGUCCCUGCGUCGCUUGUUGAGCAGAGCUACGAUCUUCUCAGCUUGGCCUUUACCGAUGACCAGAGCCGCAGGACCUUUGCAAAGGGACCAUCAGCCCGCUGUGUGGUAUUUUAUGACCGAGUAAUCGAGUUUGCAUGGGAGUGUCCAGUCGCCGAAGCUCUUGUUCAGCAGCUGCGCGAAAGUGAGAACUGGAAAGGCGACUUCUACGUUCUAAAGGGCCAUUAUCGCGAGUUCUCGUCGUCCUUCGACAAGUACAUCGCAGGUGAUAGAAUGACCCAGGCGGCCAAGGACUACGCCGAUGGUCUUCGCCAACGAUCAGCCCCUUCAGCAUACGAGAUAGAGAUGAUCGAGGAGCGGUACUCCGAGUGGAAGACGCUGGUUGAUGAUGAGAGCCGGAUGCAGCUCACCGAUGCCACAAGCAAGCUGGACGGACGGAGGCAGGCCGUCGAACAGCAUCAGGCAGAGCUCGAAGCAGAGCUGGAGAGCAGGAAUCCAGUACUCUACCGCAAAGCUAUGGGCCUACGACAGGUGCCCCUGAAAAGCUUACCGGCAAUUGUUGCACCUUCACAUGCCGGGAAAGACCACCGAACAGAUCUCGCCGAGCCACUGUCGCGCGGACUACGGAAGAUGCAGGGACAUCAAUCAUACAAGGGAAUGCCAGCUGCCUACGACAAGCUAGGCGAGCUUGCAGAUGCAACGGCAGCUUCAGGAUCGGACGAUUUUGACGAAAUUGAUCCCCGAGAAGAGCAGUUUCAGGACGACCCAGCUUUUCUGAAAGCCGGCGAUUUAGGAGGCAUGGGCAUGGGCAGGGGCGACAGCAUGGAGUCGAGGCGGGGUCGAGAGCGGUCAUUUUGGAAGCGGCUGCGAACAAGUAAAUGA